GCAGUCGAUCGCCAGGUGUGUGUAUUGACACGGAGUGUGUGAUCAUCGCGUCUACAGUGGCAGACUUUAAGAAGUGAUGGCACUAAGAAGAGCACUGCAUUUUGUUUUUAAAGUAGGAGAUAGGACCAAAACAGCCACUUUUUACAGGGAUGUGUUAGGAAUGAAGAUUCUACGUCAUGAAGAAUUUGAGGAGGGCUGCAAAGCAACCUGCAAUGGUCCAUAUGAUGGAAAAUGGAGUAAAACCAUGGUAGGCUUUGGACCAGAAGAUGACCACUUUGUUGCAGAGUUGACCUAUAAUUAUGGAGUGGGUGAAUAUCGCCUUGGCAAUGACUUUUUGGGUCUCACACUGCAGUCUAGUCAGGCUGUGAGUAAUGCUAAGAGGUUAAACUGGCCUCUAACACAAGUGGAAGAUUCUCUCUACAUGACUGAAGCCCCGGGAGGAUACCGUUUCUACCUUAUAGACAAGGAACAGCCAAACCGUGAUCCUGUCCAGAAAGUCUCCCUGGCAGUGUCUGAUCUACAGUGUUCUGUUCAUUAUUGGUCUGCUCUGCUGGGAAUGAAGGUUAUUGAGAAAAAUGAGGACAAAAAGAUUGCCGUAAUGGGAUUCUCAGAUAAUCAGUGUAAGCUGGAGUUACAGGACAUUGGAGGCGCUGUGGAUCAUGGAACUGCUUUUGGAAGGAUCGCGUUUGCUUGUCCUCGGGAUCAGUUGCCAGACAUUGAAGCCCUAAUGAAAAAAGAAAAGCAGAAAAUCCUCACCCCGCUUGUGAGUCUGGACACACCUGGAAAAGCCACGGUGGAAGUUGUUAUUCUUGCAGAUCCUGAUGGUCAUGAGAUCUGCUUUGUGGGCGAUGAAGCAUUCAGGCAGCUUUCUGCCAUGGACCCUAAGGGGAAUGAGUUACUGGAUGAGGCCAUGGCUGCAGAUAAGAGUGACGAGUGGUUUGCCAAACACAACAAGCAGAAGGCUUCAGCAUAAACAUGUCUGCCAUCAUUGAAACUGCUUGAAAAGAUUUUUGUUAUUAUACAUUAUCAGUGGUUCAUUAAUGGUGAUCAGUUUUAUUUUAUGAAAACAACAUUAACUUUAUCAAGGACCCCACGAAAAAAAAUCUUUCUGCUUUUGGACAUGGUGAAAAAUAUGUAUAUUUGUGUAAGUACAAAAAGUAAUUCUUCACGAUUAUGUUGUUAUAUUCUCUUGAAAGUGUAAAUAGGUUUGAUAAAUAAAGAGGAUAAUCAGGAAGUGUAAUGUUACAAAUAUUAAGUGAGUAUUAAAAUGAACAUUUCCUGCC